CUUAUGUGUAAUUUUGUGAGAUUUUUUACUUUUUUAUGUUUAACUAAAGCACAGUCCCCAACUCUCUCUGUAACAUCUCUUUCACCCUGUACACACAAAACGUCAAAAACCCAGCUCAUACCCAUCUUUCCCUUUCUUCUUCAAAAUUCAAAUUCAUUGUUUCCCAAGCCAGAUCUACAAAACAAAUUCGAAAACCCAUUGAGAGAGAGAGAGAGAGACAAGAGUUGAAGGGGAUUCAGGCGAAUCACCACCAUCCGACGACAGUAACAGAGCUGCAAAGACAACCGCUCGAACUCUAAUUUAAGGGUUUACUUGAAAUCUGCUAUCCUAGAUCUACUAGACGUUAUUGAGCAGGAAUCAGAUAUCAAAGAGCUGGGAUAAAAUGACAAUUGUGGAGGACCCGAUUCCAGAGCUUUCGUCUGAUUUGUCAACUAUUUCUCCGCCGAAUUCAUAUGGAUCUGUUGUUCUAGGUGGCACGUUUGAUCGCUUACAUGAUGGUCAUCGACUUUUCCUCAAGGCAGCUGCAGAGUUGGCUAGGGAUCGAAUUGUUGUUGGUGUUUGUGAUGGACCUAUGAUUUCCAAGAAACAGGUGGUUAUGUUGGAUCCUUGGAGUGUAUUGUGGGUGGUGUUCAUAUAAGAACAGGGGUUAGAGAAUAAAGAGUAUACAGAAAGAGAUGAAGGGAAGGGAAGGGGAGGCAGAAAGAGGUAUCGAAUGGCAGGGGCCAGAUCAAGGUCAUGAUCAAGAACAAGGGACCUUCAUAAGCUUCUCCUAAGGCCAGGGCAUCUGGUCGGACCCGCUUUCGAACCAGGUACCCAAGUAACUCCUAUAACAUAUUAUGUUCCAAUAUUAUUAUUAUUUUAGUUGCUGCUAACUUGGUCUGAUUUUGUGAAGCAGAGGUACGAUCUUCAAGAUUAAGUGUGUAUAUUGGUUGUGGGUGCUGGUGGGUUGGGUUGUGAACUUCUCAAAGAGUCGCCCUCUCCGGUUUCAGCAAUGUAGUUUCAUUAUCUGUGUUUUUUAGCGUCUUUUGGA